AUGAAAUCUUGUUAUCUUGCUCUUGGAGUCGCUGCCGGCAUUGCUCAGGCUAACCCUAUGGCCAAGCGUGCUGUCACUGAUGCCGACAUCCUCAACUAUGCUUUGACCCUCGAACACCUUGAGGCAACUUUCUAUGCUGAGGGUCUCCAGAACUAUACCCAAGCCGACUUCGUCAAUGCUGGAUAUGAUGCUCCCUUCUAUGACAACCUUAUGAAGGUUGCCUCUGAUGAGAAAACACACGUUAGCUUUUUGACUGGCGCUCUUGAAGCCGCCGGUGCUCCCGCCACCGCUGCUUGCACCUACGACUUCCCGGCUACCGAUGUGGAUAGCUUCCUAGCUCUCGCUAACGUUCUUGAGGGAGUGGGUGUUAGUGCCUACCUCGGAGCCGCUGCAUCUAUCGCCAAUAAGGAGUAUCUCACAGAUGCUGGCUCUAUCCUAACCGUUGAAGCCCGCCAUAGCUCUUAUCUUCGUGCUGUUGUAGGAGAAGUCCCUUUCCCUCAGCCAUUCGAUAACCCUCUUGAUUUCGAUGAGGUCUACACACUCGCGUCUGCUUUCAUUGUGUCUUGCCCUAGUAGUAACCCGACCCUACCCGUUAAGGCUUUCCCUUCUCUGACAGCUACCUCUGAUGGUACAAUCGAGGCUGGUUCUAUGGUCUCCCUUACCCCUGGUCAGAGCUUUACCGCUAGUGGGCCUAUCUAUGCUGCUUUUAUAACCGUCACGGGUCCAGUCUGGGCCACCAUCACUCCUAACAACGACGGCUAUUCAGUGACUAUCCCUAAUGGAAUUGCUGGACAGAGCUACGUCGUCCUCACUUCUAGCAAAGACAAAGUGUCCGACGAUACCGUCCUCGCGGGCCCUGCAAUUAUCGAGAUUGGUGCUAAGAACGGCCGGCUGUCCACUGAUUGCACUACUGGCAGCAAUGGCACCACUACUGGCAGCAAUGGCACCACUACUGGCAGCAAUGGCACCACUACUGGCUCCCUUCCUGGCCAUUCCACUGUCCCCGGCCAGGGUGGACAGACAGCCACUGGUGGCCAAACUACCCAAUAUGGUCAGGCUUCUACUCCUAGUUCGGGUCUCCUCUUCACUGGUGCCGCCUCAAACGUUCAGCCCACUGUUGGUCUGCUUGCAGUUAUGGGUGUUCUGGCUUUCCUGUAA